GGAGAGUAGAAAGCGGUCCGCGUAUCGCACCUGGAAACAAUUAAUAAAAAGCCAUAAGUGUAAUUAUAAUGAGCGUUUGCAUAAUUGGGGCUGGAACUGCGGGCCUUUGCUGUGCCCGACACUCGAUUGCAAACGGCUUCGAGACCACUGUGUUUGAGCUGUCCGACCGAAUCGGAGGAACCUGGGUCUACAAUGAGGCCACGGGUGUCGUCAAUGGCAUUGACGUCCACAGCAGCAUGUACAAAAACCUGCGAACCAACCUGCCCAAGGAGGUAAUGGGCUUUCCGGACUUUGAAAUUGCACAGAACGAGGCUUCCUACGUGAGAUCCGACGAGAUCUGCGACUUCCUGAACCAAUACGCUGAUCAUUUCCAACUGAAAAAGCUCAUAAAGUUCAAUACCUAUGUUAUCCGAGUGGUGCAAAGGAAUGCAAAGUGGCAAGUGCUUUAUAAAGAUGUGGUUACAAACAAGAUUGAGUUGCAGUACUUCGAUAAGGUCAUGGUGGCCAACGGUCACUAUCACACCCCGAACUAUAGUAAAAUUCCGAAUAUGAAUCGAUUUAGGGGGGAGUAUUUGCACAGCCACGAUUUCAGAUCAAGAGAGGUUUUCGAAGGGAAAUCCGUUCUGGUUAUUGGCGCUGGUCCAAGUGGCAUGGACCUGUCUAACAUUAUUUCCCGGUCGGCGAAACGUGUCACCAUCAGUCACCACUUGACUGACAUAGGAGAAAACAUAUUCUUUGAGAAUGUCCAGCAGAAGCCUGAUGUUCGGGAACUCGACGAGAAUGGCGCCUUUUUCGUGGACGGAUCCUACGAGGAGUUCGACACCAUUUUCUUUUGCACAGGAUACAAGUACGCCUUUCCCUUUUUGACAGUGAACUCAGGAAUAUAUGUGGAGGACAACUACGUCCAGGAGUUGUACAAGCAGUGCAUUAACAUACGGAACCCGUCGAUGUCAUUGAUUGGGUUGCCAUUCUACGUUUGUGCCGCCCAGAUGAUGGAUAUCCAGGCCAGGUUCAUCAUGAGCUACUACAAUGGAUCGAACGAGCUGCCAUCCGCAGAGGAAAUGCUUAAGGAUACCCACGAGAGAAUGACCAAGCUUUGGGAGGAUGGCUACAGGAAGCGUCAUGCUCAUAUGUUGGGUCCCAGACAGAUUGACUACUUCUCAGACUUGUCGAAGACUGCAGGAGUCAAAAACAUUAAACCGGUCAUGACUAAACUGCAUAACGAAAGCAGCAAGUGUUUCAACGAGAACUUGCGUCAUUUCCGGGAGGACAAUUUUGCGAUCGUGGAUGAUGAAACUUUUAUCAAAUUGAACUAGAGUUACUUAAAAAUUUAUCCAAAUGCAACAAAA